AGCCGAACGAGGAAGUGGAUGUCAAAGUAGAGGAUCGUCCUUUUCCACAUCUGGUCGCCAAACUGAUGAAACCAUGAUUGUUAUAGCGAUUAUUUGUGUAGCGCUGUUUGUAUAUAUAUUGAAAUAUGUCUUCUUCAGCUCCGGGCCAAAUCCAUUUGAGAAGGACACUCGUGAACCGGUGAAACCGAAGGUUUUCGAUAAGAAAGAGAAAAAUAAAGUGCUGAAGCAAGGUUUCCUGUCCAGUAAAGUACCAGACAACCUGGAUGCGGUUGUCAUCGGCAGUGGGAUCGGUGGGCUGGGGCUGGCCGUGCUGCUGGCUAAAACUGGAAAGAGAGUCCUGGUUCUGGAGCAGCACGACCGGGCUGGAGGAUGCUGCCACACUUUCACUGAGAAGGGCUUCGAGUUCGAUGUUGGGAUCCACUACAUCGGGGAUUUGCUGGACCACAAGCCGUUUCGCUGCAUGUUGGACCAGUUAACGGACGGGCAGCUGCUGUGGGAGCCUCUGGAGAACCCGUUUGACCAGGUGGUGCUGGGACCUCCAGAAAACCGCCGCCGGUACCCCAUCUACAGCGGGAGGACUCGCUUCCCCGAAGAGCUGAAGAAGUGUUUCCCCGGAGAGGAGAAGGCCAUCGACGAGUACAUGAGGCUGGUCAAGAAAGUGGGUCGUGGCAUUUGGCUGCUCGCUAUGCUGAAGCUCUGCCCCACACUGCUGGCCAACUUCCUGAUCUACACUGGCCUCGCCAAACGUCUGUCUUUCUUCUUCGAAAUGGCCCCGCGCAGCCUGACAGAAGUGGUGAAUGAGCUGACGGAGAACAAGGACCUCCGGGCCGUCUUCAGCUACAUCUUUGGCACCUACGGUAACAUGCCAAAAGACGCCAGCUUCUCCAUGCACAGUCUGCUGGUCACUCACUACCUGAACGGCGCCUGGUACCCUAAAGGUGGAGCCAGUGAGAUUGCCUACCACAUGAUCCCCAUCAUUGAGAAGGCAGGGGGCGCCGUUCUGGUCCGAGCCCCGGUCAACCGCAUCUUAUUCAACGACGCAAAGGAAGCUUGUGGUGUGAGCGUGCUCAAAGGUCAGGAGGAGAUUCACAUCCGGGCCCCGAUGGUCAUCUCUAAUGCCGGCAUCUACAACACCUACGAGAAGCUGCUGCCCACAGAUCUCCAGACUAUGCCAGCCAUCCAGAAGCAGCUCCGUAUGGUGAAGCACGGUGAAGGAGGCUUGAGCAUCUUUGUGGGUAUGACUGGAACCAAAGAGGAGCUGGGCCUGAAAGCAGAUAACUACUGGAUCUUUACCGAACACAACUUCGAUGAACUGGUGGAGAAAUAUCUGAAUGGAGAGAGGGAGGAGUCCUCCAAAAGUAUCCCUCUGCUGUUUGUUGCCUCUCCAUCAGCGAAAGACCCAACCUGGCAGGAGAGGUCACCAGGGAAGUCUACUUUGAGUCUGGUUAGUUUUGCCAACUAUGCCUGGUUUGAUGAGUGGAAGGACGGCAAAGUGACGAACAGAGGAGGCGACUACAAGGAGCUGAAACAAGCGUUCAUUGACUCUGCUCUGGAGGUGGUGAUGGACGUGUUCCCCAAGAUCACCAGAGACAAGAUCGAGUACAUUGAUGCUGGCACCCCCAUCACAAACACGCACUACAUUGGAGCCCCCAAAGGAGAGAUCUACGGCAUAGAUCACGGUGUGGCCCGGUUCAGCCCGGAGCUCAGCGCUACGAUCAGACCUCAGACGCCGCUGAAGAACCUCUAUCUGACCGGCCAGGAUGUGUUUCUGUGUGGGUUCGCCGGCGCCCUCGCCGGGGCUCUCACCUGUGGCUCGGCCAUUCUCAACCGCAACCUCCACCUGGACGCCAUCGCCCUGGCGAGGAGAGAAAAAUUUGUCAAAGAAAAACUCAAAGGGGAGUAACUGCUGACAUGUGCUUAACUUUGCUUCAAAACUACCGCUCAGUCGCAGUGGGAGUGGGAGCGCUGCCUCUAAUCUCACACAUGAAUCAGCACUAAUCAAACCUGCACUGUCUUUACGUUAAAUUGUUUUAUAUUUGCUUAAACAUACUGUUACAAGCGCAGCAAACUGCUUGUGUGAUUAAUCAGGGUUGAUGUUUGGUCUGUCCUCGUAAACUCACACAAGUGUCAAAGUCAUUCAUCGAUGAGGGAAUGUAACAUACGCAAUGUGUCACGAUGUUGACUGAACUCUGUGCCUAAAUAUACAAUUUGUUAGAUAGUAUAACGGUUAAAAUAAAAACAUGUUUUUCUUA